CACAGACUGUAGUGAGCGAGCCGACGACGUCCCUCCAUCCAAGUCGAACCACACCACACUGCCGCCGCGUCCCGUGCUCCCAGGUGAGAUCGAGCGCGAGUAGCCAGCCGACGAUGAGCCGCCUCGUUUCCCGGCGGCACCUCGCCGCCGCCGCGGCCCUCCGACGAUCCCCCGCCGCGUUCGCUUCCAGGUGGCUGCACACGCCGGCAUUUGCGACGGUGUCCCCCGAGGAGAUCUCUGGCUCAAGCCCCGCGGAAGUGCAGAAUUUUGUGCAGGGAAAAUGGAUAAAGUCUGCUAACUGGAACUGGAUAGUCGAUCCUUUAAAUGGCGAAAAGUUUAUCAAAGUUGGUGAGGUUCAGGGGUCUGAAAUAAAGCCAUUUGUGGAGAGUUUAUCUAAAUGCCCAAAGCAUGGACUUCACAACCCACUUAGAGCUCCAGAGAGGUAUCUCAUGUAUGGAGAUAUAUCUACAAAAGCUGCACACAUGCUUGGUCAACCUGAGGUCUUAGAUUUCUUUGCUAAGCUUGUUCAAAGGGUUUCUCCGAAGAGCUAUCAACAAGCUCUUUUGGAAGUUCAAGUUUCUCAAAAAUUCUUGGAGAACUUCUGUGGAGAUCAGGUGCGCUUUCUGGCUCGGUCAUUUGCUGUACCUGGAAAUCAUGUUGGACAAAUGAGUAAUGGCUAUCGUUGGCCAUUUGGCCCAGUUGCAAUAAUCACACCAUUCAAUUUCCCAUUGGAGAUUCCCUUACUGCAACUGAUGGGUGCACUUUAUAUGGGAAAUAAACCAGUCCUCAAAGUUGACAGCAAAGUUAGCAUUGUGAUGGAACAAAUGAUCAGGUUGCUUCAUGAGUGUGGGUUGCCUGCAGAGGACGUGGACUUCAUAAAUUCUGAUGGUAUCACAAUGAACAAGCUGCUGUUGGAGGCAAAUCCAAAAAUGACCCUCUUCACUGGGAGCUCACGUGUGGCAGAGAAAUUGGCUGCAGAUUUGCAAGGCCGAAUCAAGUUAGAAGAUGCUGGUUUUGAUUGGAAAAUUCUUGGUCCAGAUGUUCAAGAGGUUGAUUAUAUUUCAUGGGUUUGCGACCAGGAUGCUUACGCUUGCAGCGGUCAGAAGUGCUCUGCUCAGUCUAUGCUAUUCAUGCACAAGAACUGGUCAUCUAGUGGGCUACUUGAGAAAAUGAAGAAACUUUCUGAAAGAAGGAAGCUUGAAGAUUUGACGAUUGGUCCAGUCCUUACUGUUACAACAGCAACCAUGAUAGAGCACAUGAACAACCUUCUCAAAAUACCAGGAUCAAAGGUUCUGUUCGGUGGUGAACCUUUGGAGAAUCACUCCAUCCCAGAAAUAUAUGGUGCUUUCAAACCGACUGCUGUAUUUGUCCCACUAGUGGAGAUCCUUAAAAAUGGUAACUUCGAGCUUGUGACAAAGGAGAUAUUUGGUCCUUUCCAGGUGGUUACAGAAUACUCUGAGGAACAGCUUGAUUUAGUAUUAGAAGCCUGCGAAAGGAUGAAUGCGCAUCUGACAGCUGCAGUAGUUUCAAACGACAAAUUGUUCCUGCAGGAAGUACUCGGUAGAUCGGUUAACGGGACAACGUAUGCUGGAAUUCGAGCAAGGACCACCGGCGCUCCGCAGAACCACUGGUUUGGUCCUGCCGGUGACCCGAGAGGCGCGGGGAUCGGCACUCCAGAAGCCAUCAAACUCGUCUGGUCUUGCCACAGGGAGAUCAUAUAUGACAUUGGUCCCUUGCCCAAGAAGUGGGCACUUCCUGCGGCUACAUGAUAUGCCUAGGCUAGGACAACUAGCUAGAAGAACACGACGGCGAUGGAGAGAAAGCAACACGGACAGAAUUAGCUGGUUGAGAACUGACAUUGUGUUGAAUAAUGGAAGCCUCGUGUAGGCAAUUGGGAGAGUCUCGACCCCCUAGGAACACAAUAAAGGUCAUAAUUAUGAAUGGAAGUACUACGAUGGUUGUCAAUGGAGCUUUAGAUGUUGCUCUAGUAAAAGAAUUAAAUUAUGCAACAUCUUCUAUGGUUCGUCA